GCGUCUGACUCACGCUCCCCAUUACCAAAUUUUUUCCGCCUAACAGCUGCCUGGUGCAGAGAGAGUGUGUGACGGUGCGUGUGUAUGAGUGUGUGUAUGUAGAGUCCCCCCUCCCCCACGUAAGCCUCAGUCCUUGGUCCUCCCAUCCGCCUGCCCCAGGUCCCUUGGGGACACAUAAGUUCAACCACUCCUCUCUCAGAUGGAGAGCUGGGGAUAGCAUAUAAAUCCACCAGGGAGAAUGGAGAGGGGUUUCUUAGUCUCCUGUCCUGAUCUGGGAAGUCCUUCCUGGUGUCUGGCUGCAAGCUGUCUUGCUGCACUGUUAGCCCCAGAGGUACAAGGUCCCCAACCCCAGCAGCUAAUUUGAAUCCACAUUUGAUUCCCUCUACCUUGGUCCCCCCAUGCUUCCCUGGCUGGACACAGGAGGAGGCAGAUGGGUGGGUGCCCGCCCCUGCUAUUCCCCCACUCGCACCCCUGUCUGGUCACUUCCCUGCAGCCCGCCGUCCCCCAUGCAUCUCUAAGCGCAGCGGCGUGACUGGCCGCCUCCCGUGUGGGUGUUUGCAGUUGGACACCCUCCCUCCUGCCCGCCACCCCCCUCCUCCCCAGGCCUCAGCCGCCGGCCAGCCCCCUCCCCGCCCCCCCUCCUGUCCCCUGCCGCCUCCUCAGCAGCCUCUCUUCCUCCUGGCAAAGCGUCCAGCCCCUGCCUGCUCCUCCCCGGGUCCAGGGCGCCUCCGGCAGGCGCUUCCCUCCCGCCCUCCCUCCCUCCUCCGGUGGCCGCCGCCUCCUCCCCUCUCCUGCUCCAGUCCCCUUUCACCCCAUCCCUGCCCCGACUCUGCAAACAUGAGGGUCUUGGCCUGCAUCCUCGCGGCUCUGAUGGGGAUCCAGGCUGUUGAGCGGCUGCGUCUGGCGGACGGCCCCCAUGGCUGUGCUGGCCGGCUGGAGGUGUGGCAUGGCGGGCGCUGGGGGACCGUGUGCGACGACGGAUGGGACCUGCGUGACGCCGCCGUGGCCUGCCGGGAGCUGGGCUGUGGGGGGGCGCUGGCCGCCCCUGGAGGUGCCUUCUUCGGGGAGGGCGCGGGGCCCGUGUGGCUGAGCGAGCUGGCCUGCCGGGGCAGCGAGGGGCAGCUGGGCCUCUGCCCCCACCGGGGCUGGAAGGCCCACAUCUGCUCCCACGAGGAGGACGCCGGCGUCGUCUGUGCAGGUCAGCGUGUGGCCAACGCAAGGGACAGAGAUGAGUCACCUUCGGUCCUGGAUGGGCACUCCUUGCUGGGGCUGUCUGGGGAGCUGAGCCCCGGCUCUGAGGAGCCUCCCGUGACCCACGCCCCUCGCCCAGCCGGGACCCCCCAGAACAGCUCCCGGAAGAAGAGCCCCCGGCCGCCUAAGCAGGCCAAGUCCACCAGGGCCCCUUUGCUGACGGCCGGAGCCCCCCGCCAGGAGCGGCUACGCCUGGUCUCCGGCCCCCACGGGUGCUCGGGCCGGCUGGAGGUGUGGCACGGCGGGCGCUGGGGAACCGUGUGCGACGACGGAUGGGACCUGCGUGAUGCCGCUGUGGCCUGCCGGGAGCUGGGCUGUGGGGGGGCGCUGGCCGCCCCUGGAGGGGCGAGAUUCGGCCCAGGCUCCGGGCCUGUGUGGAUGGAUGAUGUAGGAUGCGGAGGCGGAGAGCAGGCCUUGCGGGACUGUCCCCGAAGCCCCUGGGGUCGGAGCAACUGUGACCACAGCGAGGACGCAGGGCUGGUCUGCACUGGCCCGGCCCCCCGGCUGCGCCUGGCUGACGGCCCCCAUGGGUGUGCUGGCCGCCUGGAGGUGUGGCACGGGGGGCGCUGGGGGUCUGUGUGUGACGACGCCUGGGACCUGCGUGAUGCUGCCGUGGCCUGCCGGGAGCUGGGCUGCGGGGGGGCGCUGGCCGCCCCCGGAGGUGCCUUUUUUGGGGAGGGGGCUGGACCCAUCCUCCUGGACGACCUUCGGUGUCGGGGGAACGAGACAGCCUUGCGAUUCUGCCCGGCACGGCCCUGGGGCCAGCAUGACUGCCAUCACCGAGAGGACGCAGGGGCCGUGUGUGACGGUAUGCCUCUCGGCUAUGUCCCUCCCACGGCCCCUGCCGUGGACGGCAACAGCUCGAUGCCCAGGAAGGUGGUGUCCGGGCCCCCACCCCCUGUGGUGAGCCAGGCCCCGCGGACAGCAGGCGUUCCACCUCCGCCUGCCUCCCCCACUGCCCCUCAGGAGCCUGGGCCUGAAGCUGGGUCCCCCCAGCUGCGCCUGGUGGCUGGGCCCAGCAGGUGCUCAGGCCGGCUGGAGGUGUGGCACAGCGGGCGCUGGGGGACAGUGUGUGAUGACAGCUGGGACCUGCGGGACUCGGCUGUAGUCUGCCGGGAGCUGGGCUGCGGUGGAGCUCGGCAGCCAGACCCCGCUGCUGGCCGAUUCGGCUGGGGCGCUGGCCCCAUCUGGCUGGAUGAUGUGCGGUGCGUGGGCACCGAGACGUCGCUCUUCCAGUGCCCUGCCGCUCCCUGGGGGAAGCACAACUGCGCUCACAAUGAGGACGUUGGAGUCACCUGUGCUGGGACCCCUGGCCUGGACUCCAUCUCAGACCCCUUCAGCUGGAGUUGGAUCCCUGGCCUGGGGAGAGAUCCGGAUGCCUGGCCCCUGGGGGAGCUGGCCACCAAGCCCUCUGCAAGGCUGACCCCCAGUGUCCCCGAGAAAACCACCACCAAGGCCCCAGGGAAAGUGCCCAAGAGCACUAAGAAGUGGGUGACCAAAACUGCAAAGAGACCAACCACUCAGCCCCCUGUGAUGCCAACCACUAAACACACCAGGGCCCCGGGCACUCAGGGUGCCCCUGAACUGACCUCACGCACCACCACAACCCUGACCUCAGAGGCCCCCCCCAGGCUGACCUCACACACCACUGCCACGCGCACUCCCCGGGCCCCCCGAGAACGGACCUCUAAGACCAUGGCAACGCCGACCACUCAAGGCCCCUGGGAAGUGACCUCCGAGGCCCCCAGCAAGCGAAUGCCUCAGGCCUCCAUGGAGCCAUCGGCCGAGAUCCCAGCAGAAGGUUCUCCAGAGUCAUCCAGAGACCCAGCCCCCUCUCCCACUGGGAGCAUGGCCGGGGGCUCUGGCCUCUUCCGGGUUCGUCUGGCCGAUGGGCCCAACCGGUGUGCCGGCCGGCUGGAGGUGUGGCAUGCUGGACGCUGGGGGACAGUGUGCGAUGACAACUGGGACCUGCGGGAUGGCACGGUGGCCUGCUGGGAGCUGGGCUGUGGAAGGAUCCGGCCCCGGGUGGGCAAAACCCACUAUGGCCCGGGGACCGGGCCCAUCUGGCUGGACGACGUGGGCUGCAAGGGAAGCGAGGCCUCGCUGAGUGACUGCCCUGCCAGGCCGUGGGGACAGCACAACUGUGACCACGAGGAAGACGUGGGGCUCACCUGCACUGGCCACGCAGACGAGGAGGAUUAUCCCCCCUGGACCUGGGACCCCACCUCGGGAGAGGACCUGGCCAAGGGGACCACCGCUGCAGGGCCGUCUGGACACACUCUCUCCUCGGCCAGCACUGGGAGGCCAGGGGCUUCCUCCCCAGCAGCCAGGCGCCUUCCAGGCACAGGUGACGAGGAUGAUUAUGAGCCUUCCUGGACAUGGGACGCACUUUCAGGAGGAGCCCUGGCCAAGGGGACCCCCACUGCAGGCAUACCUGGACCCACUCUUACCACUGGCACCACCAGGAGCCCAGGCCACCCCUCUCCAGUUCCAAGGGUCCGUGGGGACACAGGUUGCGCGAGGAAGCUGUGGCUCCCCCGCCGGCUGCUGCGGCCCACGGCGGCCAGGCCAGCGCCCCGCGCCCCCUGCCCAGCUCCCUCAGCCUCUCCCGGACCCCCGCGUCCGCCGCUGACCCCCGACUCGGCGCCAGAGCUCGUCCCCGAUGCAGCUUUAACGUCGGAGGUGACCUCUCACCCUCCUGGCACUUUGCCACCCAGCCCAGACCCGGCCUCCUGGAUGAACUCUCACCUCACCUUGACAACCUCUGGCCUUACUUUGUCCACCCCUGACGCCACCGCGGUUCCAUCGCUGACCCCUGAGCUCUCACCCACCCCACCACCCACCUCGCCUAAAGAACUGACGUCUGAUCCCUCUGCACCGGCAGUGGUGGCCCACCUUUCCCCUACCUCAGAGCUGACCCCAGAAUCUGACACGACCCCAGGCAGGGACACAACUCCAUACCCUGUCAUGGUCCCAGAACAUUCCAGAUCCCCAGACACCUCCACGAGUCCUCACCCCACUACCACCCUUCAUCCCACCACGACCCCUCACUCCACCAUGACCUCUCACCCCACCACAACCUCUCACUCCACCACGACCCUUUACUCCACCACAACCCGUCACUCCCCUAUGACCUCUCACUCCAUCAUGAUCUCUCACCCUACCACCUCCCUUCACUCCACCACGACACCUCACUCCACCUUAAUCUCUCACCCCACCAUGACUUCUUACCCCACCAUGACCCCUUACUCCACCACAACCCCUCACCCCACCACGACUCAUUACUCUACCUCAACCCCUCACCCCACCACGACCCCUCACCCCACCAUGACUCCUUAUUCCACCAUGACCCCUCACUCCACCAUGGCCACUCACUCCACCAUGACCUCUUACCCUACCACGAGCCCUCACCCCACCACAACUCCUCACUCCACCACAACCCCGCACACCACGACCCCUCACCCCACCAUGACUCCUUAUUCCACCAUGACCCCUCACUCCACCAUGGCCACUCACUCCACCAUGGCCACUCACUCCACCAUGACCUCUUACCCUACCACGAGCCCUCACCCCACCACAACUCCUCACUCCACCACAACCCCGCACCACACCACCACUCCUUACCCCACCACCACCCCUUACUCUACCAUGAUCCCUGACUCCACCAUGAACUCUCACCCCACCACGAGCCCUCACCCAGCCAUAACCCCUCACUCCACCAUGACCUCUUAUUCUGCUACCACCUCUCAACCCACCACAACCCCUCACCCCAUCACAACUCCUUACCCAGCCACGACCCCUCACCCCACCAUCACUACUCACCCCACCAUCACUACCCAACCCACCAUCACUACUGACUCCACUAUGACUCCUGACCUCACUUCAACCCCUAUGAUCACUACCAAGUCCCUUCUGACUUCCUUGGGAACAGAACUUCCCUUUCCUACUCCGGCACCAACAGACCAACCCAGUCUGCACCCCCGGUUCACCUCCAUGGGGGCCCCUCACCCCUCCACAUCCAAGAUGUUGAGCCUAGAGUCCUCUCCAGCCUCAGAGUCCAGCCUCUCCAGGUCCUCUCCAGCCCCAGGCGUGGACACACCAGCCACUGAGGACUUCAAACCACCCAGAAGCCAGAGCCCCAAACUAACUCCUCCACCUACCCAGACCCCACACUCAGCCUCAGACCCCACUGUGACCCCUGACCUGCAGCUGUCCCCUGUGGCCCACCCCUUGGAUCAACCUCCUCCUGACCACCUCACCCUAGGGCCAACCCCUGGUCAGGGCCCAGGCCCCCUUGGCCCAUGUGUGGUCCCAGUGCCACCUGUAAGGGUCAUGGCUUGUGAGCCACCUGCCCUGGUAGAGCUAGUGGCCGCUGUGAGGGACGUGAGUGGCCAACUGCAGAGGCUGACACAGGCCCUGGAGCGGGACCAGCAGGAGCGCCAAGCCCUGGGACUGGGCCUGAACCAGCUAGUGGAGGCUGCCCAGGGUCUGGGGCAGCUGGGUGAGGUUGUGAAGAGACUGGCAGAGGUGGCCUGGCCCCCCAGUACAGCUGCACCAAUCACCACUACCCCAGAGGAGGAAGAGAGGCCUCUGAGGGGAGAUGUGUGACCCUAUCUGGAAUUUGAGGGGCUUAACACACUCCCAACCAAAAAAAGGAAAACCAAAGUAUCUAAUUAAAAACAA